AUGCACGUUGCCUGCAUGUUGUUUACAAGGGAUAAUGGUCAAAAGAAAAUAUCUUCAUUUUUCUCUGCUGUUGCAGCACCAGAAAGAGAGGGUAACACUGUAAGGGACAAAGACAGUUGCCAUGAGAAAGUGGGAAACAAGUCUGAAUAUUUCAUGACCAAAGGUGUUUCAUUGUGUAACACAGAACAUUCAAGUGAUAAUGAUGACAAAUUCAAGAAAGAAAAGAAGAACAGAAGUCAUGUGACACCUAAAAAAUCAAAUUCAGGGUUAGGUAAGAUGAAGACUGUGUCAUCUCCAGAAGAUAGUUCAAUGUUUCCUGAGUCUUCAGUUGAUUCUGACCUUGAAAUUAUUGAAUGUACUCCAGGAGCAGAGAAAUGUAAUAAACCAUGUUCGUUUUCAUUUAAGAAUAACAUUCACAGUCCAGAGGUUGUUCCUUCAACCCCUCUGCCAUACAAAACACAGACAAUGUCUGUCACACUUUUAGGAUUGGAUUCUAACUUAAAAAAUCAAAAUAAAUUGGCUUCCACAUCCAUAAAUAUUAAAAAAUCUAGCAAAGUUUUAAAUUCUCCUAUCAAACCUGGGUCUAUGCAAGUGAAAAACAAAAUUGUAUUAUGUAAAUUAUCAAGAAGAAAUAAAGAAAAAUCUAAUACCCACAAUUGUACAAAUCAGAAUGAAAACCAUGAGAAUCUUGAGUGUAAAGAUGACUUAAUUAACAAGGAACCAACUUCUGUGAAAAGAGCAGCAGUAUCAGGAGUAGGUAUCUCGCCUGAUCCAAAGCGAACAGUUGGGCCAGAAGGUGAAGUAAUGGAUGAUGAGGUUAUCAGGUGUAAGACAGAUCUUACUGGAAAGUUUGAUAGCUGCAUUCCAUCAGUAUGUAAUGCUGUAAAAAGUGAAAACUUAAGCAUACAACAAACUAAUGAGAUAGAUAGAGAAAAUGAUGAAAGCUUUAGUCUGUUGCAACCUAGCAUGAAGUUGCAACAAAACAAGACACUAGUAAGUAUGGUAAGAGAUAAAGAAACACAGAAAGGACAUUUCAAAUUUGUAGAUAAUGUUCUAGUGGAGGAAAAAAAUUUGGACUUCCCUGUAUUUCCAAAUCUUGGGAAAGGUUCUUUGGAAAUAAAAGAAAGGAUUUCCUGCAAGUCUUCUAAGUAUAUAGAUAAUUCAACAGUUUUGUUAGAAAAUGAAAAUGAGGUGAAAAAUUUGAUGGAAAGGAAUUUAAAAAAUGUGUGUGGAUCCCUCGAAAGUCACGAUAGUCUGUUUGGUGGGAGUUUUGUUUCUUCUCAGGGCUUUGUUCAUGUUGAUGAUUCUGUGGGCCAUAAACCUGAAAACAAACAAGUCCAAUCCGUACCAGAAACUCAGGAAAACUAUUUGUGUGAUAGUUCACUUCAGUACAUGUUUGAUGAUGAGCUGGCUCUUGAUUUUGAUAAAAUGUCACCUUUCAAACAGCAGAUAAAGGAACCAACAGAAACUGCCAUCGAAAAUAAGCAAGUGAAAAAACUAUUAGCUGAGGGUAUGGGCAGCGAGUCCUUUGCAUCACAAGGAAAUUAUGGCCGCUACGUAGUUACUAGUGUAGAGCGAGAUGCUUACAAGGGAGAACUUCUCAUGCAGCUUACCUCUCUUCAGGACAAGAGUAUGAAAUCUUGCACACUUAGUGGAUUUUGGUCACAGAGUGUAGUGUCAGAAGGAGAUGUUGUGCACAUUCUCUUCACACAUCCUGUUGAUGGCCAUUUUUCCAUUGAUAAUAAGAAGGGCCUGAUUGUGAUCAAUCCAGACUUUCUUAUUUCGGGAACCUCUGUUGUAUCAGCUGUAUUCUGUCGUCGUAAGGCUGUCUUGAACGAGCGCUUCAAAGGUCUGGACUCCAACAACCAGUUGAUGCUCAUUGGAUCUCUCAUACAUCAGCUGUUUCAAGAGGUUGUGAAAAACAAGAUUCAGACCCAUAGUAAACUGGACAAACUGGUACAAGAAUUGAUGUCACAACCUACAGUGCUGCGGGACAUGUAUGGCUUAGGAGUGUCUGAAGCGCACAUUUAUAAAGAAAUGAAUAAUUUUAUACCCCAUAUACAUGCUUGGUCACAGCAAUAUCUUGGGUCUGGAAUGGCCCGCUCAGGCAAAGAUCAAGAAAGAGGACAGCGGAGGAAUCAGUGGAAUGGAGAGAUUGUCAAGAUCCAGGACAUAGAAGAAAAUAUGUGGUCACCUAAGUUUGGUGUAAAAGGCAAAAUAGAUUUAACUGUCAAGACUCAUCAGCAUGGUGUUUCAAAGGUGAUGCCUCUUGAGCUAAAAACUGGUAAGUCAAGCUUCUCUGCUGAACACCGUGGACAAGUUACACUGUACAGCAUGAUGAGUGCUGACAGAAGGCAAGAUCCCAGGGCAGGAUUACUUCUUUACCUUAAGGAUGGUGCUAUGGAAGAAGUACCAGCUGGAGACAAUGAAAAGCGAGGUCUUAUCCAGCUCCGCAAUGAUAUUAUCCACUACCUCCGUGCCAAACCUGUACUUGAAGAAGGAAACUCUUCUCCCAAGUUACCUCCUCUUCCGGAACCUAUAGACUUUGAAAGAGCAUGUACAAAUUGUGCUCAUCUGCUUACUUGUUCUGUAUAUCAGAAAAGCAGUGAAGAAUCUCUUCCAGAAGCUCCACAUGCCAUGGCUACACUUGUUCCCAAGACUACAGCUCAUUUAACACAGAUUCACUUGGACUACUUCCGCCAUUGGUGUUUACUGUUGCAUUUGGAGAUUGCUAAUGGAAAAAGAGAUGCUGCUUUGAGAGCUCUUUGGUGCCAGGAUGCCACAAAGAGAAGCAUAGGGAGAUCUUCAGGUUCACUGUUGGAAGAGGGUGAUGUAGAGGUGGUUAGUGGAGAGGCACGUGUCGGGGAGGCUCUCCAUAUGCCUGUUGACACAGAUAUGCAUCAAAUAAGACAGAAGAUUGUUAGUAAAUAUCCCUUCCCAUAA